CUCGCCGCCGCCAGCCACCCGCUGCUCUACGUCAAGCUGCUCGUCCAGGUUGGGCAUGAGCCACUACCUCCGACCGUUGGAAGAAACGUGCUGGGAAGGAAAGUCCUGUACCUGCCCGGCUUUUUCACCUAUGCCAGACACAUCGUGGAAGUGGAUGGGAAAAGAGGCCUCUUCCGCGGUCUUACUCCUCGCCUCAUCUCAAGCACUUUAUCAACCAUCACCAGGGGGAGUGUGAAGAAGGCAUUUCCACCGGAGGACAUGGAGCACGUUUCUAACAAGGAUGAUGUGAAGACCUCCCUUAGGAAAGUGGUGAAAGAGACAUCUCAUGAGAUGAUGAUGCAGUGCGUGUCCCGGGUUGUCUCACAUCCGCUGCACGUGAUCUCUAUGCGCUGCAUGGUCCAGUUUGUGGGCCGGGAAGUCAAAUACAGCGGUGUGUUCAGUGCCAUCGGCAGGAUAUUUAAGGAAGAAGGGAUCCUGGGAUUCUUUGUCGGUUUAGUCCCUCACAUCCUGGGGGAUGUCAUCUUCCUCUGGUGCUGCAACCUCUUGGCUCACUUCAUCAACACCUACGCAGUGGACGAUAACUUCAGCCAGGCAUCGGUGAUCCGGAGCUACACAAAAUUCGUGAUGGGGAUUGCUGUGAGCAUGCUGACAUACCCGUUCCUUCUCGUGGGAGAUCUCAUGGCAGUGAACAACUGUGGGUUGCGUGCCGGCCUCCCUCCCUACGCUCCCGCGUUUACAUCCUGGAUCCAUUGCUGGAGGUACCUCAGUGCUCAGGGGCAGCUGUUCCGUGGCUCCAGCCUGCUCUUCCGCAGAGCGCCCAUGCCAGCUGCCUGCUUCCACCUUGACUGACUCCUCGCCAGGGAGAGGUGAUGAACUUGGACUCCUCAAGAAACCCUAAGCUUGUUUCGAUAUAUGUAUAUUUUUUCUUUUCGAUCCGAAGUCCAUGGUGCCAGAACAAGCCACCUCCUCUCCAGCAAGACCAGCAACAAGUUGGCUUCUGGAGAUCUGGCUUCAGGCUCCAGCUGGACCAAAGCUCCAUCCUCAUGGCUGUCUCGACUGGGACAUGUAGCAGAGCGAGCAGAAGGGUGUUGUCUUCUUUCUUUGGUCCAGGCUGUAGCUCUGGAGUCACUGGAGGAAGUCCAGGAAACCAGAAAAUGCCCAGGUACUAAGUGAGCCAGCUCCAAGGUGCAGGCACGGGACAAAAGACUGCUUCAUUCUGAGCUGAGAAGCAGCGAGAGAUCUGAGGUCACCUUGCUGGAAGGCUGUGCCAGCUGACCCGUGCCCUGCCUCAUCUCUUCUGGAGAGGGCAAACAUUUGUGUUUGGGCAGCUCAUCCUGGGUGAGAUCAACCCUGCGACCUGUAUUUAAGGUUUGGAGGGUACCUGAACACCAGGGAGCACACCACCUCCCAUGGGCGUGAAAGGGAAGUUAGAACAUUAAAGCAGAAAAUGGAAAAAGGGACACUACAAAGAACAGCACAGUCCCAAAGAGACCAGCAGGGCUCAGCUCCAGGGCAGUGCUGGACUUGGACACGGAGAGCGUGCGUGGGGAGGGGCGUGUGUGGCAGAUGGUAACGGCUUGGGGAAGCGUUUUGCAGUGGGACGGGCUGUAUUUAGGAUACACCCAACAGAGCUGCUGGGUGUAACCUGGGCAGGCAGCCCCUACACAUUUCUCGGGAGCAGUGGGUCCCAGGUUGGACCAGCCCAUGUUUGGGUGCAGCAUGUCUCUGUCUCUGCCCGUGAGCAUCUCCCAGCCCGCAGGACCACGAGCCCCGCCGGACUCCUGCCAAACCCGAGUGGUGUCGAUUCGCCGAUGGACACAGAGCUGCGUGUCGCGGUGCUGGGUGGCUGUGUGGCAGCAUCCUGGUAACAGCUACACACCGAAGGGUUCGCCUUGCAGGAGGGACACUCGGUCUGUUGCCCCCUGGAAUAAUGAAAAAAACCCUUGAGCUGGCCAGAGUCUUGCAAAGCGUCAGGGUCAGGGGCUCCCCGUGCACGCAGGGGCAUGGCUGGCUUCUGUGUAGCAGAGCAGGGUUUAUCCUCAACUCCCCAGAUGAGGUUUUUUUGCACUGGUCUGUGCUGUCACAGCAGCCAGGCAGAUUUCCCCCCAUUUUAGUUCCCCUACAAAGCAGUUUUUUUGCACAGAGGUGUUGCUGCCCUCUUGGGAAGAGGUUUUGGAGUCCUUGAGCAGCAGCUGGGGUCACAUCUCAUCCUGGUCCCUGGAGACCCCAACCUGCCAUCGCACUGGGGUCUUCCUCCAUCAGGCAGGUUUGAUCCACACCUCCCAGCCAGGGCACACGGGACAGCACUGGUACAUGCUGGGACCAACAGUCCCCACCCAGCUCCCUUUGGUGUCGUGAAGUCAGUCCUGUCUGUCCUCCCUCCCUCACAGUUUGUGUUACAGUAUCAGAAGUUAAAUAAUGCAUGACCCUGUUCCUUAACACCAGAGAUUAUUUCAGAGGAUUUAACUAUGCUCCAAAAUACAGCUAUAAAA